AUGGAGGUUGUCAAGGGGGCGAAUUUUCUUUUGUUCCUAUCACUUACUAUUCUUUUGUUAUCCAUUGUUCCAGGCCAUUAUGGUUCAAUGGAGUAUGAGGUCAAGAGGACUGUUCCUUCGGGCCCAAAUCGAGCCGAGCCACUCCUUUUACGCUCUCCUCCUAGAGUGUUGAAGGAUUUUGAGGUUGAUGGGAUUAAACCUUCAAUGGAGUAUGAGAUCAAGAGACUCGUUCCAACAGGCCCAAAUCCUAAACAAUCUCCUGUGUUACCAGAUGGGCGUAAUUUUUUUGGAAUUUCAGGUAGCAUGAGGCCGUUUUCAAAAAUUGUUGACUCUGAAUCCAAGAGACGCGUUCCAACGGGCCCAAACCCUGAACAACCUCCCGUGAUAUUUGAGGGGCGUAAAUUUUUUGAAAUUUCAAGUAACAUGAGGCCGCUUUCGAAAACUGUUGGGUCUGAAUCCAAGAGACGCGUUCCAACGGGUCCAAACCCUGAACAACCUCCGGUGAUAUCUGAGGAGCGUAAAUUUUUUGAAAUUUCAGGUAGCACGAGGCAGCUUUCGAAAACUGUUGGGUCUGAAUCCAAGAGACGCAUUCCAACGGGCCCAAACCCUGAACAACCUCCUGUGAUAUCUGAGGGGCGUAAAUUUUUUGAAAUUUCAAGUAGCAUGAGACCACUUUCGAAAACUAUUGGAUCUGAAUCCAAGAGACGCGUUCCAACAGGCCCAAACCCUGAACAACCUCCCGUGAUAUUUGAGGGGCGUAAAUUUUUUGAAAUUUCAGGUAGCACGAGGCCGCUUUCAGAAACUAUUGGGUCUGAAUCCAAGAGACGUGUUCCAACGGGCCCAAACCCAGAACAACCUCCUGUGAUAUUUGAGGGGCGUAAAGUUUUUGAAAUUUCAGCUAGCUCGAGGCCACUUUUAGAAAUUGUUGGGUCUGAAUCCAAGAGACGUGUUCCAACAAGCCCAAACCCUGAACAACCUCCUGUGAUAUCUGAGGGGCGUAAAUUUGUUGAAAUUUCAGGUAGCACGAGGACUCUUUCAGAAACUGUUGGGUCUGAAUCCAAGAGACGCGUUCCGACGGGCCCAAACCCUAAACAACCUCCGGUGAUAUCUGAGGGACAUAAAUUUUUUGAAAUUUCAAGUGGCACGAGGCUACUUUCAGAAACUGUUGGAUUUGAAUCCAAGAGACGCAUUCCAACAGGCCCAAACCCUGAACAACCUCCUGUGAUAUCUGAUGGACAUAUAUGA